CGUGAGCAGAGUGUCCGCAUGUUAGAAAGAAGUGAGCCUUCCUCCGCUCAGUGUUGUGUUUACAGGCGGUUUUAGGCUCUCAGGUCGUCGCGGCGCUCCGGUGUGGACACUUCGGAGCGGAAGUGUGCUCCUCUUCCUCCUCCUCUGAGGACUUUGAGGUGGUUAGCCGCGGAGCUAGCAGCUCCUCUCCAGCCGGCUCUCUCUCCCAGCUGAUCGGGUUCCUGUCAGCAAAGUCCGCGCUUUGAAGCAACUUCCCGCACAGUUCCAGCCGGUGACCGUGCUUUAGCACCGCGGCUAACAUAAGCAGCAGGUGAAGGUGGGCUCAGUGCUGGGAUUCGUUGCAGGUAUAUGAUGGGACACACCAGCCUGGAGAAGAUCGUCUCCCUGCAGAGAAACCCAGCAAACAUCAGGAACCUGUGCAUCCUGGCACAUGUGGACCAUGGUAAAACUACUCUGGCUGACUGCUUAGUAGCGAGUAACGGCAUCAUAUCGAGUCGCCUGGUGGGGAAGCUGAGGUAUCUGGACAGCCGGGAGGAUGAACAGAUCAGAGGAAUCACCAUGAAGUCCAGCGCCAUCUCCCUCCACUACUCCCACGGCGAUCGGGAGUACUUACUGAAUCUGAUCGACUCUCCGGGCCACGUCGACUUCUCCUCGGAGGUUUCCACAGCUGUCCGGCUGUGUGACGGAGCCAUUGUGGUUGUCGAUGCUGUGGAGGGAGUGUGUCCACAGACUCAGGUUGUGCUGCGUCAGGCGUGGCUGGAGAACAUCAGGCCAGUUCUGGUCAUUAAUAAGAUCGAUCGACUGAUUAUGGAGCUGAAGCUCACGGCUCAGGAAGCAUACACCCACCUGCAGAAGAUCCUGGAACAGGUGAACGCUGUGACAGGAACUUUGUUCACAUCUAAAGUGCUGGAGGAGCGAGCAGAGAAGGAGAAGGAGGAGAAAAAGGGCGAGAAGUUGAGUGGAGAUCAGGUUUAUGACUGGAGCGCUGGGCUCGAGGAAGUCGAUGACUCUCACCUCUACUUUUCCCCUGACCAAGGAAAUGUGGUGUUUACCAGCGCCAUCGAUGGCUGGGGCUUCAGCAUCCAGCAGUUUGCUCACAUCUACAGUCAGAGGAUGGGCAUCAAGGAGGAGGUGCUACUGAAGACGCUGUGGGGAGACUUCUACCUCAAUGCAAAAGCCAAGAAGAUCAUGAAAGGAGCUCAGGCCAAAGGGAAGAAGCCGCUGUUUGUGCAGCUUGUGCUCGAUAACAUUUGGAGCUUAUAUGAUGCAGUUGUCAUUAAGAGAGACAAAGAGAAGGUGGAGAAGGUGGUGACGUCGCUCGGGGUAAAGGUGAUGGCCAGGGAUUCCCGUCACUCGGACCCCAAAGUCCUCCUGUCUGCCAUCUGCAGCCAGUGGUUACCUGUUUCCCAGGCUGUCCUUUUGAUGGUGUGUGAGAAGCUUCCCAGUCCCUUAGACAUGCCAGCAGACCGGGUGGAGAAACUGAUGAGCGUUGGAGCGCGCCGCUUUGACUCGCUGCCUGAACAGACGCAACAGCUGAAAACAGCAUUCCUGCAGUGUUCGAGUGAGGAAAACGCUCCGGUCAUCGUCUUUGUGUCCAAGAUGUUUGCCGUGGACACCAAGGCCCUUCCUCAGCACAGACAGAGACCUCUGACUCAGGAAGAGAUCGCCCAGCGCAGAGAGCUGGCAAGACAGAGACACGCUGACAGGAUGGCAGCAGAUCAGACAGCAGCCGAGAGCCACAGAGAGAGCUCCCACUUGGAGAGCGUGUCACAGGAAGGCCAACCUGCGGGACUCAGCACAGCUACGAUGGAGAGUCUGACACUAAAAGACUCAAAGCCAGAGGAGGAAGAGGAGGUGAAGGAGACCUUCAUAGCGUUUGCUCGUGUCUACAGCGGGGUGGUCCGGAAAGGACGGAGAGUGUUCGUGCUGGGACCAAAGUACGACCCCGCUCAGGGCCUGAGCAUGCUGCCACAGGGAUGCAGUGCUUCGGACUGUGUGUCUGAGAUACCUCACCUGUCCUGCUGUUCCAUGGAAAACCUCUACCUGCUGAUGGGCAGAGAGCUAGAAGAGCUGGAUGAAGUCCCUGCUGGAAACGUCCUUGGUAUCGGAGGGCUGGAGGAGCAUGUUUUGAAGUCGGCCACGCUGUCAACUGCCCCCGCCUGCCCACCCUUUACCCCGCUCAACUUUGAGGCCACACCCAUUGUCCGGGUUGCCAUAGAGCCCAAACAUCCAAGCGAGAUGCCAAAGCUGGUGCGUGGGAUGCGUUUGCUGAACCAGGCCGACCCUUGUGCUGAGGUUCUGAUCCAGGAAACAGGAGAACACGUUCUGGUCACUGCUGGCGAGGUUCAUCUGCAGCGCUGCCUGGACGACCUCAGAGACCGGUUUGCUAAAAUAGAGAUCAGUGCGUCGAAGCCCAUCAUUCCAUUCAGAGAAACGGUCAUUCGUCCUCCCAAAGUGGAUAUGGUGAACGAGGAGCUGGGCAAGCAGCAGAAAGUUGCCAUCAUUCAUCAGGUUAAAGAAGAGGCCUCUCAGGGUCGCUCAUCCGACACUCUACACGUGGACUCCAGCGGCCUUGUUACCCUCACCACCCCCAACAGACUGGCCACAGUCUGCGUCAGGGCAAUACCUCUCCCACAGGAGGUGACCCUUCUGUUGGAGAGUAGCUCAGAGGUCAUUCGGACUCUGGAGCAGGUAAACAUGUCGCUGAGGGAGGGCAAGAGUGUUGACAUCAGCGUCAGGACCCUGGAGGCCAUUGCUGGAUUGAAGGCCCAGCUGGAGAGCCUGCUGCAGGGGAGGAAGUGGAGGAAUGCUGUGGAGCGUAUCUGGGCCUUUGGGCCUCGCAGGUACGGUCCUAACAUCCUGCUGAACAGUGUGGAGGGAUACCAGCGGCCCUCGGUGUGGCAGUGUCUGAGCCGAGGCAACAAAGCCGGCGAGGCUGCGGUUCUACGAGAUUUCGAUAACAGCAUCGUCAGCGGCUUCCAGCUCGCAGCUCUGUCAGGGCCCAUGUGUGAGGAGCCCCUGAUGGGAGUUUGCUUCUCUGUGGAGAGGUGGGACGUCCAGUCUUCGGCCCUACCACAACUUCAGGAGGCCUUAGUAGAGGAUUCUCCCCCCAAUGAGGCUACAGCAGGAAGUGAAGUAGAAGGAAGCAGUGGGACGUGUGCACAGGUGGAGGGCACGGCAGCAGGGGUAAGCCAAGCCGGGCGCAGACCGGAGACCUCCUCCACGGACUGCUACGGGCCGGUCUCCGGCCAACUGAUCGCUGCCAUGAAGGAGGCCUGCCGUCACGCCUUCCAGGCUCAGCCACAGAGACUCAUGGCCGCCAUGUACACCUGUGAGAUCAUGGCCACUGCAGAGGUGCUGGGUCGUGUUUACGGGGUACUUGGGAAGCGAGAAGGUCGAGUCCUCCAUGAAGAAAUGAAGGAAGGGACGGACAUGUUCAUCAUCAAAGCUGUGCUGCCUGUGGCUGAGAGCUUUGGAUUUGCAGACGAGAUCCGCAAAAGAACGAGUGGAUUGGCCAGUCCACAGCUGGUCUUCAGUCACUGGGAGGUGAUUAGCAGCGAUCCAUACUGGGUUCCCACCACUGAGGAAGAGUACCUGCACUUCGGUGAGAAGGCCGACUCUGAAAACCAGGCCCUGAAAUACAUGAACGCCGUCCGCCGCCGCAAAGGUCUCUACGUUGAGGAGAAGAUAGUGGAGCACGCAGAGAAACAGAGGACGCUCAGCAAGAACAAGUAGGGAAAACCCAGAAGACACCUCCUCUGGAAAUGCUGCCGACAUCCAGCAACUUAGUGUUGGUGCUUUUCCACCAGUGACUGUGACCAGAGGGACGUGCAUCUGCUCCACAUGCGGCUGCCUCUUUGCUUUCAAAGACCGCAGCAGUGGAAGUGCAGCUACGCUCUGAAAGGCCUAGCUGCUGGGGGUUAAAUGAGGAUUAAAUAAAUAUAUGACAAAGUCUGUUAUAUUUUUAUAACAGAUUGUUUUAUUUUCUUCUUCAGGUAAAUGUAUCGACGUGCACAAAGAUGGCAUGAGCAGCAAAUGCUGAGCAAUCCAAAAGCCUCAUUCAGUACCAAAUAAAUGAGAGUUUCAACUGCA